UUAUAGCGACAGUCGUCGACUUACAAUGCGUUCUCAUUCGUGUAUAUUUGUAUGUUUCGAUAACGGAGUUAUUAGAAAACUGUAUUUUACCACGAGUAGCCCUGCGGAAGAAUAUAUCAUUGCACAACGGCUCUUCUCUCCGGAAUUUUCCAGAAGGAUCGCAGCAACAACAAUGUCCGCGAUGUUUGAUUGGAUGGCAGGAUUGUUCCGGUCUGCCAUUGGUUGUUGAGCGGUAAGUAACCUACAUGUUGACGACAAAAUAUGAAAUAAAGCGUUACAAACACGAACCGGACCCAUUUAAACAUUGUAUAGAUAAGAUUUUGUCUAUGUGUCACUUUCAGUCUAAUCUUGGGACUGGAUAUUUUUAUUGUACACAGGUAUACAAGUAUAAAUACAUUGAAAUGGCGUCGGGGUGACAUCCUUUGAAACAGAAGGAGAUCUAGUCGAGCUCAAUUAGACUUUGUCAACAGAUGGAAAACGUGCUUGGCAAACACAUGCUACCAGCUGUUUCCAGAUUAGCUUACAGUACAAGGCAAGGGGUAAACCGACCGAUGUUGCUCUCAUUUAUAUAUUUCGACAUCAUGUAAUUAUACCAAUUACAUAUAUAGUAUAUAUAAUAUACUAAUUACACUACAAUACUGUAGAAAAGCUCAGUCGUCUUACAGCAGGGGUGUCCAAAGUGCAGGUCAGGGGCCAACUGGGGUACAGAUCUUGUUGUCCUGUGGGGCAUACGUUAACCACGGUACCAAUGUAUUGUUGUCACAUUGUUGUAUUGUAAGCAAAACAGGGAAUACGUGCUCGGACAAAAGAGGGCUUUGGGGGCAAAAAAGGCAGAGCAUUUAAAUGACUACUUUCAGUAUGAUAUUGUAAUUGUAGGUGUGUUUUUAUGGCCCAACUCUAAUAGGUACAGUACUCCAGAAUGAGUCUAGUCCAGACUAGAGUAGACCGGAACAGACCUCUGCUUUGUGUCGAAAGACACAAGAAGUCCUCCACAAACAUGUUUGUGCUGAUAUGGUACAGCUCAUACUUGUGUAUUUGGGUCAGGCUAUUUCCUCCAGCAGCAUGUCAUAGGACACCCAUCCACCCCAUCCAGCCAUCCCGUGAUGUACCACGUCACCCAGAGCCGCGUGUGUCAGGGUGAACUAGUUCAGCCCUGCUGGAAUGUGUUUGUGCAGGUCUGCUGUACUUUGCCCUGCCCUGUGCUUGGAAAUAAUGAGUGUGCCUCCUAAGUGUUCCAGGAAAAGGCCUACCAGCUUUGUGCUGUAAAAAGUUGCCAUAUUUUCAUGUGAAAAGAGGGAAUUGCGGUUGACAAAAGAUGGCGGGAGGCUUCACAUUUGAAUGAAACUGAGAUCUCAUUUGUUGCCGUGAAUGAGGACGCCUUACUUAUGUAAAUGCUAACCGUGAUGGACUUUGACUUGUUCCGGGCGGGGGUGUCUGACGCCACAAGAGGUUUCGCAACACACAACCCAGACCGGUUUUCUCGAACCUUCUGAGGUCAGAAUGUCCCUUGUCCAGCAUACUGGCGGCUGCCACUGCGGAGCUGUGAGGUUCCAAGUGUGGAGCUCGCCAGACCUCCAUGUUUUCCAUUGCAACUGCAGUAUUUGUACAAAGAAACAAAACCAUCAUUUCAUUGUCCCCAAAAGCAACUUCACACUUUUGCAGGGAAGAGAUGACCUGACCACAUAUACGUUUAACACUCACAACGCCAAGCACACCUUCUGUAAAAACUGCGGCGUUCAGAGUUUCUACACACCGCGCUCCAACCCUGAUGGAUAUGGUAUCGCUCCACACUGUCUUGAUCCAGGUACCGUGCAAAGCGUCACGGUAGAAACCUUUUCAGGAGACAAUUGGGAAGAAAGCAUGCAAGCCCACAAGACCAUCAGAGACAUGUCCAAGCCAACGAAAGAAGCUAAAUAAUUCCACUGUCCUUUUUAAUCAGUGCUGUGCAAAAGUAAAACAGUGCAACGUCUCAACAGGGGGUCAACCUUUCAUUUCAUCCAGCUUCAGGACGGAAAACAAUACGGUUGUUGAUGUGGGAAACCUGGCGGUCACAAGGUUGACCUAAAAACACCUUAUCAGAUUUAUAACUAACAAACCCAAGUGUAAAAAAAAAAACAGGGCAUCCUCUAAAACGUUUUGUGAGCUGUUGGUGCUUGUGGAAUGACUUGGAAUGUGUUGACGUACAUGUAUCUUGAGAAGGCGACAUACAGAUAACGAAACCACACCAGUUGAGUGCGAUGACACAGCAUGGCAGCCUGUUUAAAGUAAAAAAACGGUGAAUAGCGGCCAAACGUGAAGUGGGGUUGAUUCGUCUUACUUUGCACUGGCUGUAGCCUUCUGAGCCGAUGAUACAGCAGAGGGACGAGGGAAGGAGCCAGCUGAGAGGGAGUUCCAAGAAGGAAGUGUACUUCCUGAGCAGGCCAACGGUCACCAGGGAGAGAAAACAGCAGUCUGGGGAACAGGAAGAGACCUCCUUUGUAGUGAAUGUUCAUGGCUACUGCACGUGAUUAGUAGGAAGAAGAGCUCAUGCGAUACUCAAAUAAAAUGGAAAUGGGUAUUUUAAAAAUAGCAACAAAAUACCAAAAAACAUUUUAAAUCAUAAUUGUAUAAAUAUGCGCUGUAAAAAAUUAGGGCUGUCACAA